UUACUUCUGUAUCUGCAGGCUCCAACUGAACUUCACGCUGCUGAGCUCUCUGAGUUGGUAAAUUAUUUGUUGAAACCAGCUAAAACUGAUGUGGCCAAAGUCCGUGUUAUAUUUCGAUGGAUUUCUGGUCAAGACUUACUACGAUACAAACACAUUCAUGCUCCACCGAAGGAAUCUGCUGCUAUGUAUCUGAAUGAUUUGAAACAGAACAAAGGAAGCUACGAAUCACUCUUUCGGCAAAUGUGCAAAUAUGCCGGGAUACCAUGUGAAAAAAUUACAGGGUAUGCGAAAGGUGUUUCUUACAAUGUUGGUGAAGACAUUGGAGACACUGCUCGCAACACCUGGAAUGCUGUACUGGUGGAUAAGACCUGGCGCUUGAUUGACAUGCAAUGGGCAUCAAGACAAGUGGUUACGCAAGACAAAGGCGAAUGGGAACUGAUUGACGAUGGCACUGGCUCAAAACCAGCCAAAAGUGAAGACAGUGAUGUCAGCUAUGAUAUAUAUGCUUACGAAGAAUUUUAUUUUCUUACUGACCCGGAAGAAUUUGUAUACAGUCAUUUCCCAGAUGAAGAAGCAUGGCAGUUACUCGCUCGACCCAUGACUUUCGAAGAAUUCCAAAAAAUUGCAUACUUGAGAUCAAAGUUCUUUGAGCUCUCAAUGACAGUGAUGUCCCAUCCAUGGUGUGUACUUCAAGCAGUAAAUGGUGAAGCCAACUUGGAUAUGGGAUUCAAUUCCGAUACUAUGAAGUUUUCCUACAACCUAUAUCGCUCCACUAAAGUCGAACAUAAACAGAUUCAAGGAAACGUUGACAUGGACAAGUUUCUCUUCCUUGAAACUAUACCCGACGAGAAAACGCUUAGUGUAGAAAUUUUCUUCCCGACAACUGGAAAAUUUAAAGCCGAAAUCUUUGGUCGUGACACGAACGAAAGCGAUACAGUCUUGAAGUGGCUUUGCACCUAUGUAUUUUAUUGUGAAACUCCCAAGACCAAUUGCAGACCGCUUCCCCAAAACCCUAGGAAAGAAUGGGGUCCUGGCUCUGAUACAAUAAAUAUGGGUAUGGAAGCUAUAACUCACAAGAGGGGCAAAAUAAACGUUGAUGAUGGUGAAGUUGAAGUGAAAUUCUCUCUCAACAAAGAUCGAGACUUUCUUCAUAAACUAACCACAGAAGACAACAAAACCCUGGACAAUUACACCGUUCAUCGGAUAGAGAAUGGAGAAGUAAUUUUUCACGCUCGUGUUCCUGGCAAAGGUCAGUAUAUGUUGAGCAUCAUGGCAAAAGAAGACGAUGAAGAAGGGGGUUAUCCAAGCGUCUGCAAUUACCUAUUGAGAUGUGAUGAAGAAUUUCCUCCUCUUGAGCCGUUUCCUGAAAUACCUAACGGAGAACUUGGCCCAACAGAUGAAUUCAAGAAACUUGGUUUGGCUCUUGUUGAGAAUUGUUCUGCUAUGGUAACAGUUGAUAAAACUGGACAGUUAUUUUUCAAGAUGAAAAUCCCUAACAAUGUUGAAUUCUUUGCUAAACUAGGUCUUUUAAUUGAUGGAAAUGUAGAAGACAAAUCUGAAUAUGUUUCCUGGUACAGGGAGGGAGAAAUAGUUACUUUUGAACUUCGCUUUGGACAGAAAGGAUCCUAUCGCUUCAAUCUUUUUGCCAAACCUGCCGGCCAACCCGGUGGGUUUCCCAGGGCGUUUAGCUCCAUCAUCGAAGUUCCUAUUCCGAUGAUGGUUGCUAUGAGCUUCCCUGAGAAAUACGCCGGCUGGACGGACGAGUGCAAACUGAUUGAACCGUUUAAUAAAAAUUUGCCCUCCAAAGAUAAAGUGGAUUUUGCUGCCGUAGUGCCAAAUGCUAAAGCUGUUGCAGUAGUGGGUAAUGAAUGGACACAGUUAAAGAAAGACAAAGAUGGGAUAUGGAAGAAUCAAGUUGCUACCAUUGAAGAAGGGAAACCAAUGUUUUUGUCAGCUAAAUUUGACGAAGCUGGGAAUUCAUUUUCCCAUUUACUGAAAUAUGAUGUAAUAUCAAAAGAAAAAAUGGAUGAAAUUGCAAGAGACCAGAAAAAGGCUCAUAAUGAUGCCGAUGCUGAAUACCAUGAGAGAACGAAAAUGAAGGAAACCCUGAAGAAAAAAGCCGAAGAAAAACGUAAACAAGAAGCUUUGGAAAAAAGAAGACGAAUGGAACUACAAAUAAUGGAAGAUGGCGAAAAGAAACAGAUUGAAGAAAGGUUAGACUAUGAAGAAGCUGGUAAAACAUUAUCAAGCAGCGACAGUACAGCUCGACGUCUGGAAGAAGAACGGAAGAAAAGAGAGGAAGAUCGAAAGAAAAAAGAUGAGAAAAUUAGAAAAAGAGAAGCUGACAAUAUUCAGAAAAGAGAUUCUCGUUCUUCUGCUACUGUGAGUAUUAAAAUCGUUUCGGGAUUCCUUUUGAUAUAAAAAUUCAUUUUAUAG